CUUCAUUCUUCCUUCUCUCUUUGUGUUUCAAAUUUUAAGAAAGAUGAAAAGCAUUAUCCUCAAAACUGAGACAUUCUUAGUUCUCUUCAUGUUGAUGAAUGUUUUCUUGAUCUUAGAAGCUCGUCCAUUGAGUAUCAUUGACACAAAAAACUCAUAUGCUAGAAAUGAAGUCAUGGAUAUUUUUGGUUGGUUAUCACAUUCUAUUGGAGAAAUCAAGCAAGGCGUGCCGGUUGAGACACUCGGAGGGAUUAAGGAUUCGGGUCCAAGUUCGGGAGGGGUGGGACAUAAAUUCACCAAUGUAGACACACUCGGAGGUAUUAAGGAUUCAGGUCCAAGUUCAGGAGGAACGGGACAUAAAUUCACCGACAUAGACACACUCGGAGGGAUCAAGGAUUCGGGUCCGAGCUCCGGAGGGGUGGGACACAAAUUUACCAACAGGGAGACUCUUGGUGGAAUUAAGGAUUCCGGUCCAUCACCUGGCCAAGGACAUUAAUAUUAUGUUCUUCACUCAUUGAGCCUUUCACCUAUAUAGUUAGCAUUAUGCAAGUUAGUUUCCGAUUGAUUAAUACCUUCAUUUAUUUAUGUCUACAUUUUUUUUUCUUUUCAUUGGGUUGUUAAUCAGUUAAUGCUACAACAGUCCAAUUAAUGUACAACUGUUAAUGCUACUAUCAAUUCUUGUGAGGGCCAGUCCAUACAGAACAAAGUUCUGGCUUUAAACGGGGCCCCCGCUAGUGGACGGUGGGAUUGGUCCCUCUUGGAUUAGUCGGUCGCAAGGCCGGAUACCAAGAUUUCCAAAAAAAAAAAAAAAAAAGAGAAAAAAAACUAAGUUUAAGAAAGAGAGUACUUGUGGCAUCUGCUCGUAACGUCACCUACAUAGAAAUGCCAUGUGAUAGAAUUAAUUAAUAAUUAGAUUAAGACUUGUGUG